AUGUCCAAGCCAUUGGUAGAUCUAAAAGACCUCAUUCUUAACGGGGAUCCUGAGAUAUUCAGAUGGGAGGACGAUGAAAUAGCUCUUCGUGCCGCUGCCUCGAAUUCUCGACUGCCAUGGAAUCAGCUAUCAGAACACGAACUGGAAUUCUUUCCUGAGGUGAAAAAAGAUUUGGCGGACACUCAAACGUACCUUUUCAUUCGCAAUAAAAUACUUCAACUGUGGCUUCAAGAACCGAAUGUCGAGAUGAAAAUCGAGGAUGCCUUGCAACAAAUGCCCUACCCGUACAACACAACGACUUGGUUGAUCCGACGGGUUCAUGCUUAUCUCAUUCGAUAUGGGUAUAUCAACUAUGGAAAGUACUUCAAAUUAAAGGGAAUAACAAAAGUGAAGCAUCGCGUGUUGAUCAUUGGGGCAGGCGCCGCGGGAAUGGCCGCCUUUUCUCAACUCGACUCAUUUGGAUUUGAUGUCCAAGUGCUUGAGGCACGAAACCGAAUCGGUGGACGAAUUCAUUCCUUUGAAAAUCAAAAGACGAAAGGAUGCGGUGAAUUGGGAGCCGCAAAUAUUAUGGGAUUUGCUGGCAAUCCUUUGUCCGUUUUGGCUCGGCAGAAUUCGUGUGUGUUGAAUGCGCUCAGUGAUCGAGAGGUGAUGUUUGAUGAGAAAGGACAACCGCUUAAUGAGCAUACUGAUCGAAUCACGGGAGAUCUUUACGUAAAGCUUAUGAGCUCAGCGUCAUUCUUGUCAGAUGUGAAAGGAAUCGGACAUGUUGGAGAUGAAGCUCUAUCACUCGAAAGUUUACUACAAAACCUAUUGAAGCUCGUCGAAUUGCAACAGUCUCGAACGAUGGAGAAGUUCUGGGAAACGUAUCUCGAGAUUGUUGGUAAACGAAUGCAAGUGAUCGCUGAGCAAUGUCUAUUGAAAAAGACAUGCACGAUACUAUAUGCAAAGUUGCAGCGACUAGAACAACAGAGUCCAAAACUGGAUCCCGAAGAAGCUUUAAUAAACGAUCUACUCGCUCGGUGUCAUCGAAAGGAUAUUUCAGACGCGGUUGUGAAACUCGACGAACUACAACGAAAAAUGAGGAGCAUCGAGGAGAAAUUGUUCAAUUUGAAACAAUUAGAGGCCAGGGAAAUCGUCAUUGGAAAAGAGCACCGACGAUUGAUGGAUCAUUAUUAUGCAACGCUGGAGUAUGCCACUGGGGCUCCGCUCAAUAAACUCUCAUUGUUGCAUUGGAAUCACGAUGAUUCGCACACGAUAAAGGGAUCACAUAUGACUGUAAGAGAAGGAUUUCGCAAAAUACUAGCUCCAUUAGAAUUGACAAAGAAUGGACAGAACAAAAUCCGCUUCAAUCACAUUGUUCGCGAGAUCAAGUACAAUGAUGAUGGUUGUGUUUUAAUUGUCGAUGUCCCGAAGACGGAAAAUUCACAAGAAUACGAACGAACUGAGUUUAAGGCCGACGCCAUCAUUUGCACAAUUCCCAUUGGAAUUCUGAAGAAAAGUGUGGCCAAAGAGAAUGGGGUCCCGAUUUUCACGCCACCCCUACCCGAGCAAAAGAUUAGCGCUAUUGAAACGAUCGGUGCUGGACUUGUCAAUAAACUUUUUCUGCUCUUUGAGCGGCCCUUUUGGGAGAAUCAAAUCGAUCAUUUUGGCUAUUUCGGAUCUCUGACCAAAACAGAACGAUCUCGUGGCGAAUUCUUCUCAUUUAUGGUGGCCAACGAUUCACCAACGCUGGCCGGACUUCUUUCAGGAGAUGCGGCUAAUUUAACAACACAAAUCGCUCCGGAACUUUUGGCAGCACGUGCGAUGGCCGUUUUACAGAAGAUUUUCGGUGGAUCGACUCCGAAAGAGCCAGUAGCAGUUCACGUCUCGAAAUGGCACGAGGACCCUUAUGCAGCUUGUGCUUUUAGCUAUCUGGGAAAGGAGGGAUUGCCCGAAUUGUACGAUAUUUUGGCCGAGCCCGUGACUCCUGCUGACGAGGUGAAAGAAGGAGAACCAUCGACGACAAAGCGCGUUCCACGGCUCUACUUUGCUGGCGAGCACACAUCAAGGCAAUACCCCGGUACAGUUCAUGGCGCUUUUUUGACGGGUUUACGCGAAGCUGCUCGAAUUGCGGACACAUUUUUGGGUCAAAAGGAAUUCCUCUCGGAUGUGGUGCCUGAGUGUGUGACUCUUGACUCGGACGAGGAAGAAGACGAAAAAACGAAACAA